AUGAAGUCCUCAUUCAUUCUCGCCAUCGCAUUCGCGACUAUGUCAAUCGCUAUGCCAAUCUUGAGUAAGUCCAUACCAAUCAGAUUCCCGCUCUAUGACAUCUUUCUCCUCUGUUCGUAUGGAACUAAUAAUUUUACCUUUAAUCUUAGCCUCAACUUCGGUCGUUGGUGCUGCAGAGGGAGAACGUCAAGUCAUUGGCACAGAUGGCCGUAGCGGCUAUAACAGAGUAGAGGGAGAAAGCGGCACAGAGGGUCGCGGUGGUUACAACAAGCGUCAGGACACAGAGGGAUUUCAGGAGGGUGGUGUUGGAGGGCGGAUGUAA